GCCUGGGUCGCCACGGCCUCCUCCCCUUCUAAGCUUUCUUCUGUGAUGUAAAACAGCCUGCCAGGGCUGUUUUUCUGCCUGCCACGUUUUGGUGACCUCUGAGGUUGAAGACUCCACCCCUUGUCACCCACUGGACUAUGCUCGUGGCUUUCCUGCCUGAUGAUUCUUUUGCAGCAGGUCUGGCUUCCUUUACCUAAUCGGCCCUCAACCUCUCCUCCUAUGUCAGUGGCUGCCAGGUCCACAAGGACCUUGCAGCUCCCGCCACAGAAGGCUUUGGGGCAGGAAGCAUCCUUGCCUUUGGCAGGGGAAGAGGAUUUAGCUAAGAGAGGGGAGCCAGACUCUGCCCUGGAGGAGCUGUGUAAGCCCCUCUUCUGCAAACUCUGCAAUGUCACCUUGAACUCCGCUCAGCAAGCCCAGGCACACUAUCAGGGUAAGAACCAUGGCAAGAAACUACGAAAUUAUUACGCAGCUAACAGUUGUCCACCUCCAGCCAGGGUGAGCAGCGUGGUGGCAGAGCCUGUAGCCACACCCCUCGUUCCUGUCCCUCCGCAGGUGGGCUCCUGCAAGCCAGGGGGCAGCAGGGUGAUCCUGGCUACGGAGGAUGACUACUGUAAGCUGUGCGAUGCCUCCUUCAGCUCGCCUGCCGUGGCACAGGCGCACUACCAGGGGAAGAACCAUGCCAAGAGACUCCGUGUGGCCGAGGCUCAGAGUCACUCAUUCUCGGACUCUGCAGAGGCAGGGCAACGGCGGACUCGGAAAGAAGGGAGUGAAUUUAAGAUGGUGGCCACCAGGAGGAAUAUGUAUACAGUCCAGAGCAAUUCAGCAGGCCCUUACUUCAAUGCCCGCUCCCGGCAGAGGAUCCCGCGAGAUCUCGCCAUGUGCGUGACUCCCAGUGGCCAGUUUUACUGCUCCAUGUGUAACGUUGGGGCUGGCGAGGAGGUGGAGUUCCGGCAGCAUCUGGAGAGCAAGCAGCACAAAAGCAAGGUGUCGGAGCAGCGGUACAGGAGCGAGAUGGAGAACCUGGGCUACGUUCAGUGAUGGCCGGCCGUCCUCACGGAGAAGCCUGUCCUGCCUGUUUGCCUUCUGUCGACCUGCCUUGCUUUGUGGUCCUCCAUGCGUACAUUCCUCAUUUCUCUGCUUAGUGCGAGUGACCUGCAGCGGUGCCAGAGCCGUUGGUCAGGUCGGGCUCGGGGAGGGAGGGGCGUUUCUUAGGUCGUCACCCCUUACGAUGCUCUUUGGGCCAACUGUGUCAAACAACUCACGGUGGCGUCUGUCUGCCCCAUCGGGUGUAACACCUUAUCUUGGCCCAAGUUCUGGUUAAGCGGCAGUAGCCUGACUAUUUAGAGCUACGAUUAUUUAAAAAUGGCAUCUACUUUUGCGGUUUUAGGUUUACGCACAUUAGAGGAAUUGACUUGAGUUCUUACUUCCAAUUAUAGAGAAAACAGGUAAACAGAGAUUCCGGUUUCCUGAUGCUCCUGGGAACCAUUACCACCACAGUGUGGUGUCAGUAAGAUGUGCUGGUAGGGUGUGUGCCUGGGUCUCCCAGCAGCCCCUGGUUCCUUGUGGCAUAUCCCCCCCCCCCCCCCAUAAUUAACACAUAGGUUUCCUUGAAUUCAUACACGCCCAUAAUAACUGUGUUCUUCUGAACAUGUAACUCCAUCUCCAGUUGUGAACCGCACACGUGUAAUUCCCGUCCAUCUCUUCUGCUUGGAUCAGCUUCUCGCUCACCCCAUCCUCAUGGCCUCGCUGUGCUGGCAGUUUUGGAGACCCAGAUUUGACUGUCUAAUGAGUUGAAGAUGGAUAUUCUUUUAGAAAAUAUAUUUUCAGAUGAUUCAAGGAAAUGCGAGGAUGUGUUUGAGAUUUCAAUUUGGAAUUCUACUUUCCCUGAUGAUUAUGUGACCUCAUGGGAUAGUCAUUUUGUGGCUUUUUGAUGAUUGUAUCCUGACACUGCCCUGACAGGUAAUGGGCAUGCCUGGAAAAUACCCCUGUCUGCUUGCUCUUCUUCCUUCCUUCCUUCCUUCCUUCCUUCCUUCCUUCCUUCCUUCCUUCCUUCCUUCCUUCCUUUCUUCCUUUAAAAGCUGAUCAAGUCCCAGUGUCAUUUCUAAAAGACAAACAUAUAUGACCAUUGCAUUUUCUUCUUUGCCUCCUUGAAGAGACUGAAAACACAGAUGACUUUGGUGUCUAACGAUUACAAUGGGAUUCUUAUUUUUUAAAUAAAAAGCCAUAGUGUAUGUGUAGACGGACCGAUGGAGUCUCGUGCUCACUGUGUGCCCUUUGUCCCUUGUCCUUCACGUGGGUAAGGCCAGCGUGCCCGUGCUUCUUAGGGAAGCGAGCGUGCAUCUGCAGAAGGCUUACGGCAAGCAGGAUUUUGCACUAUAACAAAUAUAUCUGUCAUUACUCAGUCACCUGAGAAUUCUCCGGGCGGAUGGAGAGGGAGGAGACACUCGGCUGCUUUAGAGUAGCUGAGACCCACAGUUGCAGGUUAAUUUUGUGAUUAGCUUCUGGGACUUACCUGGUUACUUUCACCUGGUGAAAUGCUGGCUUCUGGAAAGGUCGAGCUCUGUGGUCAAGUAUUUCCCCUUCAGAAACAGAAGAAAGAACAGUGUUAGCUUAAGGUCUGAUCUCCGUUUGCAGCUCCUCAUACCAAGAACCCCUCCUACGGCCAUCUACAGAGUCGGUCAGUUUAGGGCAAUUUAGGGUGUAUCUUGUUAGCCAUUUGGUUGCUCAUUUUGCUGCAAAAUAUAAUUCUUUGGUAGACUUAAAUAUACUGCUGGCCACUUGGUUCUGUGGUUGUUUAACAGUCUCAUCUGUUCUCUGCAGGGUAUGCGUCUGUGUGUCUCUCUGUUUGUGCCUGAAGAUUCAUACCCCCCGACCCCGCCCCAGUUUUACAUGAUAGCCCAGAGAGAAUUUCACCUCAUCUUUAUCUCAGAUACCAUUGAAAGGUUCCGGGUAUGGAUUUACAUGUUAUAAAAGUGAUAUUCAUCUGCUUUGAGUUUUUUUUCCUCUGGGAAUCAAGUCAAAGGAUGUCUCUCCCCGACCCCCAAAUACUCUCCUGUAUAUACAGAAAGCAGUGGACUCAAGGGCUUGGUGUGUUCUCAAGCCUCAUGAAUUCAGGGUUCUAGUCUCCCAGUGCCCUUAAUGGAUGUUAGGGACGCGUAGGCGUGGUUUCUUUUAGAGUGAAACAUUAGAUUUAUAGUGUUACUUCUGUAUUCCUUUGCACUAGAGAGAGAGAGAGAGAGAGAGAGAGAGAGAGAGAGGGAGGGAGAUGCGUUUGUUUUAUGACACACCAGUGCCAGGCUACCUAUGAGAAAUCAGUUUGUUUCUGAACUCUGCAAGUUUUUAAGUGACUGCUAUUGGUCAUUGUUAGAGGUUCUGUGGAUGUCCAAAACACUUGGAAGUCCCAUGGCUGAGGCUGUGUUGUCCUUACGUGUAUUCAGUGGGAAGGGCAGAGGCUAUCAGAACUGCACAGUGCAGUUUCCCACUAAGUGAACACUGUAUGAACAGUGUCCCUUCCUUGUCUGAUCAAGCUAUUGUGGCAUCAGAGUCAGUCAGGUGAGCUCUCUGUUGGCUUUGUUUUGCUGUAAGGAUUGGACCCCCAUUCCCCAGGAAGCCUGUACAUUAUGGUGUGUUGCAGUCAUAGAUGAACAGAAUUGUAGACAAAUGGAGACCUUAGUCCAAAAUUAAGUACAUUUCAGUUUCAAUUAUU